AUUCCCUAUAUAUUAACCAACCAAACACGUCUCUAACCCCAACCCGUCAGGAUUGAAACCGUAAAGACAGAUAGAUCAUGAGCUCUAAACCUGUUUGGCAUAGAAGAAAACAGAGGAAAAUGGAACACACCCAGAUUAAAGAUCAGCAGAAGAAGUCAGUGAAAAGACGGAAUUUGGUGUCGUUUUGGGAGCUGCCGGAGUAUAUGAAGGACAAUGAGUUCAUAUUGACGUAUUACAGAGCCGAGUGGUCUCUCAAGGAAGCUCUGUUCAGUGUGUUCCGGUGGCACAACGAGACGCUUAAUGUUUGGACGCAUUUAAUUGGAUUUUUGCUGUUUCUGGGAUUGACUCUGGCGAAUGUUGUGGAAGUUCCUCAGUUAGUGGAUCUGCUUGGCUUAUUUCCCAGGCCAAUUAGUCAUAAAAACAGAGACGCAACAAACACAUCUGUGCUAAAUCUCUACAGUUCAAACCACAUUCCACCACCAUCAUCAAUUGAUCCUUCAACCUCCCCAAUCACACCCACCACGAGAUGGCCAUUCUACGUCUUCUUAUCCGGCUCAAUGUUCUGCCUCCUCUCAAGCAGCAUUUGCCACCUUUUCUGUUGCCAUUCUCACCAACUAAACCUCCGAUUACUCCGAAUCGACUACGUAGGAAUCACAGUCAUGAUCAUCACCUCGUUUUUCCCUCCAAUCUACUAUAUCUUCCAAUGUGAUCACCCACAUUGGCAUUUCAUCUAUCUCGGCGGGAUCACGUUGAUGGGGAUUUUCACAAUAAUCACUCUGCUUUCGCCUUCUCUAUCGUCCGGAAAGUUCAGAGCUUUUCGGGCGGCGUUGUUUUGUUCAAUGGGAUUGUUUGGGGUUUUUCCUGCUGUUCAUGCUACGGUGGUUAAUUGGGAUAAUCCUAAGAGAAAUACUACGCUGGCGUAUGAAUCCGCCAUGGCUCUGUUUUACUUGGGUGGAACUGGGUUUUACGUCAGUCGGAUUCCGGAAAGGUUGAAGCCGGGAUGGUUUGAUCUUGCUGGACAUAGUCAUCAGAUUUUUCAUGUGUUCGUUGUGUUUGGUGCUUUGGCGCAUUAUGGGGCCACGCUUGUGUUCUUGGAGUGGAGAGACCGUAUGGGCUGUCAAAGCUAGGCCCGGUGGGUUGGGCCUCUAUGUUGGACCAGGCCCAUGUUUUUAGUGUAUGAGAAGCCGGAGUUUGGAUUUUUUUUUUCCAAAUAUUUUUUUUAUAUAAUAAGUGAAUGCAUGGUUAUAUUUUGUAUCACUAAAAACCAAAUCACUUACAAAUAUAGAGAUGUGAUUUCAAUAAUUUAUAAGGCUCUUUUGAUUGUAUUUACAUCAAAUCUUUCAAUGCCAUGAACAAAUUAUAUA